CGCGGCGGGGCCGGGGGAGGAGCCAGGCGCCGUCGGCCGCCGCCGCCGCUGCGCCCCGCUCCGCUCCGCGCCCCGCUCCGCGCCCGCCGCCCGCCCCGCGCCCGUCGCCGCCGCCGCCGCCGCCCAGGAGAGCUCGCAGAGGAGGGAUCGCCCCGCACCCCCGGCGUCCCCGGCACCCCCCUGCCCCGGUCCGGCCCGGGAUGCUGCGUGGAGCUGAGCACUGAGGUGGGCGCCAUGGGGCGCGCGUCGUAGCCCCCCGCCGUGGCCCCCCCGCGCGUGGCACCGGUGGCGGAGCCCACUCGGUCGGUGCUGAGCGCUCCUUGAUGGAAUUGCGGUGAAUGGAACAGAAGCCCAGCACCCUGGACCCGCUGUCGGAGCCAGAGGACACCCGGUGGCUGGAUGGCAAGCGCAAAAGAAAGAGCAGCCAAUGUUUGGUGAAGAGCAGCAUGUCAGGGUACAUCCCUAGUUACCUGGACAAAGAUGAACAGUGCGUGGUGUGCGGGGACAAAGCCACCGGCUACCACUACCGCUGCAUCACCUGCGAGGGCUGCAAGGGCUUUUUCCGUCGGACCAUCCAGAAGAACCUGCACCCCACCUACUCCUGCAAGUACGAUGGCUGCUGUGUCAUCGACAAGAUCACCCGCAACCAGUGCCAGCUCUGCCGCUUCAAGAAGUGCAUCUCCGUGGGCAUGGCCAUGGACCUGGUGCUGGACGACUCGAAGCGGGUAGCGAAGCGGAAGCUGAUCGAGGAGAACCGGGAGCGGCGGCGGAAGGAGGAAAUGAUCAAGUCGCUGCAGCAUCGCCCCAACCCCAGCGCGGAGGAGUGGGAGCUGAUCCACGUGGUGACAGAAGCCCACCGCAGCACCAACGCCCAGGGCAGCCACUGGAAGCAGAAGCGGAAAUUCCUGCCCGAGGACAUCGGCCAGUCGCCCAUGGCCUCCAUGCCCGAUGGGGACAAAGUCGACCUGGAGGCAUUCAGCGAGUUUACAAAAAUCAUCACCCCGGCCAUCACCCGCGUGGUCGACUUUGCCAAAAAACUGCCCAUGUUUUCGGAGCUGCCUUGUGAAGACCAGAUCAUCCUGCUGAAGGGCUGCUGCAUGGAGAUCAUGUCACUGCGGGCGGCCGUGCGCUACGACCCCGAGAGCGAGACGCUGACGCUCAGCGGGGAGAUGGCCGUCAAGCGGGAGCAGCUCAAGAACGGCGGCCUCGGCGUCGUCUCCGACGCCAUCUUCGACCUGGGCAAGUCCCUCUCUGCCUUCAACCUGGACGACACCGAGGUGGCCCUGCUCCAGGCCGUGCUGCUCAUGUCCUCAGACCGGACGGGGCUGAUCUGCGUGGAGAAGAUCGAGAAGUGCCAGGAGACGUACCUGCUGGCCUUCGAGCACUACAUCAACUACCGCAAACACAACAUUCCCCACUUCUGGCCCAAGCUGCUGAUGAAGGUGACGGAUCUGCGGAUGAUCGGCGCCUGCCAUGCCAGCCGCUUCCUGCACAUGAAGGUGGAGUGUCCCACCGAGCUCUUCCCCCCCCUCUUCCUCGAGGUCUUCGAGGACCAGGAGGUGUAGGGCUGCCACCCCCUCCCCAUGGCCCCCCCGCCCCGCUCUGCCCCCCCCCCUCCCUCCAACCCCCCAAAUUUUUCUUAUCCCUGCACAUCCCCCCCACCCAGGGGUGAGGGCGGGGGGAUGCUGCGCCCAGGGUGGGGGUCUGGCUGUGCCCCCCCCGCAGCUGCCCCCCCCCCCGACGCCCCCCCGCGCCCCAGGACUUGACGAAUUUUGUUUGUUUGCACAGGGAAGGGCCCCGACGGUCGAGCGUUUCCUUUAUUGUCCUUCUCUUCUUAGAUUAUUAUUUUUUAAGCAUUUAUUUCCCUCCCUGAGAGGCUAAAAUAUUAAACUAACUGCACUUUGGAAGGAGAGAGGAGGAGGAGGAGGAGGAGGAAGAGCAGAGGAGAGGAGGGGGCUCUGGGCUGCACAGGGAGAGGCUGCCCCGGCCGGGGGGGCCGCGGCCACAUGCACUUUUGGCCGGGCAGCGGCGCGGGGGCCGGGGGGGGGGCUAGGACCCCCCCCCCAUAGCAGGGUGGGGGGCACACGGGGGGCACAGCAGCGGCGAGGGGGACCCCAACCCAUGGGGGUGCAGGGCUGGUGGACACCCCCCCCCUCAGCCCGCUGGCCUCUGGGUCUGCCCUGGCUGGGGUGGCCCCCCCCCUUCCCCAGCACACCCCUCCCCAAAAAUUUGGGGCCAGAUUUGGGGCUUUGGUUUUCUCUGUCUUUUUUUGGGCUGAGAGGAGACAAUUUUGUGCCAAGCGCCGCGGACGGUGGGCGCUGCAGGACACCGGGGGGGGGGGCCCUGGGGACCCGCUGCGGCCGCCCCCCCAUACCCCCACCUUUUCUGUUGUCCUUUUUUUUUGUUGUGUCCCCCCCCCCCCCCAUCCUCGUGGGUUUAUUUGUUGUGUCCGUCAGAAGUUGCAAUGGCCCCGGAGGUGCCAGCGGGGGGGGGCAGCGAGUGCCCCCCGCCCCGGGACCCCGCACGGCCCCCACUGCACUACUGCCCCAGCCCCCCAGCAGCAGCACUUCGGGGGGCUGCACCCCCCCAACCGCUCCCCCCACCGUGCUCCCGGGGGGGGGCCGGGCUGCGGCGGGGGCUGGCAGGGGGCCCGGGGCGGGGGGGGGGUAAGGGGGGCCGGGGGUCCUGGCUCGGCGGGGGGCAGGGCUGCGGCAGGGGCACCCGGGAAUGGUUUUAUCACCUUUUCCCCCCCCCAAUUUAGGUUUGUGAAUUUUUUCUUACCUCAGGCGGAGGCCGAGGGGGGGCGCGGGCCGGGGGGCGGCCGGCGAGGCAGGCAGCCUGCCGGGGCCCACCUAAGCUAAUAUAUAUAUAUAUAUAAAUAUAUAUAAAAUAUAUAAUUUUUGUAAUUAAAAAAAAAAAAUCUUUUUACGGGUCGUUUAAAAGCAGAAAUCCCAACACGAGACACUUACCCCCCCCACCCCACCCCGGGCACAGGGGGCCGGGCCGGGCUCCCCGCCACACCCCGGUUCCCCCCCCCCCCCCCCACCCCGGGGUCGUGUCUGGGGGCCCCGCCGGACCCCCUGCAGCUGGGUCGGGGGGUGCAGUGGGGCCAUGGCGUGGCAGGGCCGUGGCACCCGUGGGUGCCCUCGCGGCUGCGGGGGGGGUGUCGCGGUGCCCUCGGCCCCUCGCAGCAGGGCCAGCUUUGCACUUGGUGCAAAAUGUCUUAAACUCUCACCCCGGGUGCCCGGCACGGGGCGAGGGGGGGGUGUCCCGGCGUGGCCCCCACCAGGCACGGCUGCGCCGGCACCGGCUGCGGGUUGUGCAAUAGGAAACACUAACGCCCGUGCUGGGGGGUGCAGGGUUGGGGGAUUCACGCCCCCCCCCCCCCCGGCAGCACUGGCCCGCGGUCGCGCUCAGCCCUGCCCCGUGCCUGCUGUCCAGCGCCGGCCUUAACGCGUGCCUUCGGGCGCGGGCAGGGGCUGCGGCCCCCACGGCACGGCCCCCGGGCGAUGCCCAUGCCGUGCGAUGCCAGAGCAAUGGCAGUGCCGUGCGAUGCUGGUGCAACGGCUGCGCGCGCUGGAGCGGUGCCCGUGUGACGGCCACGCUGUGCCGUGCGAUGCCGGUGCAGCGGCCGUGCGUGCUGGUGCGAUGCCGGUGCGAUGCCGGUGCCGUGGCCGUGCGAUGGCCACACGAUGCCCGUGUGUUCUGGUGCGCAGUCCGUGUGAUGCUGUGCGCUGUCUGCGUGCUGCCUGCACGCUGCCCACACUCGCUGCCUGCCCGCGCGGCAGGGCAGAGCUGUUGCGGGACGUGUCUUAAGCAGCAAACGUGACCCCCCCCCCCCCCCCCCGGGUGGCAGCACGGUGCCCUGGGGCAGCUCGUCCUGGGGGGGCGCAGCCCGACCCCCGUCCCGCCGGCCAGCACGCCCUCGCACUCCCCCCCCGCGCCCCCCGGGCCGCUCCCUCUCGUCUCCGUCUCGCGUCGCCAUCGCACGUCCAGCGUCGGCCCCGGCUUCGCCUGGGGGGGCAGGACCGGUGCCCCCCCCCCCCCCCCCCCCCGCUGCCUCCCCUGGGCCAUCCCCGUCCCCGUGUCCCCCGUCCCCGCGUCCCCCGUCCCCCCCAAGCACAUACCUCAUGGCUCCCGGAGCUGCCCCUGCUUGGGGCCGCGUCGAGCCCAGCCGGCACGGCUCAGCACGCCCCGGCAUGGCUCGGCACGGCCCGGCGCGGGGUCCCCCUACUAUGCAUGGUGCCGCGGUGGCAGCGGGGGCCGCGGCCGGCGUCGCUGAAUGUAGGGCGCGGGACGGGGAGGGGGGGGGCCGCUAAGCUCCGUGACAAUCACAGUCUGUGACGUGCGAU